AUGGAAGUUUUACUAGAAUUUUUCUGGCGAUGUGUUUUAAGAAAGCAAGUUGAGAAAGGCUUGGCUAUUAUACUUGGUAUAAUGUCUGUUGCAAUUCUUUUAGCAGAGGCAACUCUUCUACCAAGUGUUGAUCUAUCUCUUUUCUCGAUUCUUAUAAAAUCUGUUGGAACACGGGAGGUGCUUGUGCAGGCGUUUGCUUUUGUUCCUCUCAUGUACAUGUGCAUCUGCACAUACUACUCCUUGUUGAGAAUUGGAAUGUUGAUGUUUUACUCAUUGACACCCAGACAAACCAGCUCAGUUAACUUGCUUAUGAUAUGCUCUAUGAUUGCUCGUUAUGCUCCUCCUAUUUCAUACAAUUUUCUCAACCUCAUUCGCCUUGGUUCUGAUAAAACAACUAUAUUUGAACAGCGAAUGGGGAACAUUGAUAAUGCUGUCCCUUUCUUUGGAGAUAAGUUUAACAGAAUCUAUCCACUUAUUAUGGUUAUAUACACCCUUUUGGUUGCAAGCAACUUCUUUGACAGAGUAUUUGAUUUUCUGGGGAGCUGGAAGAGAUAUAUUUUCAAAACUGAAGCUGAAGAUAUGGAUGGGGUCAAUCCAUCAGGAUUAAUUAUCUUGCAGAAAGAACGGUCUUGGCUUGAACAAGGACGUAAAGUAGGCGAGCAAGUUGUUCCACUAGCAAGGAAUUUUAAUAGUAUUGAUGUUGAAACUAGCAACAAUAUUAUGGAGAAGAAUGGUGUUGAAAUGGGGGGAACUUCCAGUUUAAUCAAUGCAGAAAUAAAUGGAAGUCUGCCUAAAAGUUUGAAGGAAGAGAAAAGGAGAUAUAGUUCGAGCAGGGAAGCCAUCAGCAGCAAGUAUGCUGCUGCCAGACUGCAGAGUGGACAAGCACCUAAAUUGAAGGCAGAAGAGAAAAACUUAGCGUCUGCUAGGGUUUCCUUGCUUGAUCAAGGGAAUACUCAUUCUAGUAAUACUACUGGAACUUCUAGUUUGGCUUCGACAUGGCAAACAGUGAAAACAGGCUUUCGGAGUUUCAAGGGCAACGUCGGGGCCAGAGGAUUUUUACCCAUACGGCAAACACAGGCAGAUAAGAUCUCUCCUGUUUCCUCGUCUGAGUCACUUGAUGAUAUAUUUCAAAGACUGAACCAGCCUUCAUUGGACCCCAAGUAAUAUACAAUGACGAUAAUUAUUUGAUGGGGGCCAAUAUUUCUGGUCCUUCUAGAUGAUUUCCAUAGUUUGGGCUAAAAGUUGCAGUUGUUGUAAAAUUGGGAAUGCAAGUCCAUAUUAUCAUGUACAGUAAUGGGGAAGUCUUGCAUUCUGUUCUUAGCUUCUAAUUUUUUCCCCUCUUUUUUUUUUUUUUUUUUUGGUAGUUUAUACUCCAAUACAACCUAUUGAUGGAAAAUAGUCUGCUAUACAGAUAC